AUGUCCACAAAAAUUCCGUCAUUCGAUACAGUUCAAGGCUGGAGCAUAGCGAAUGUUAGAAAUUUUUUAGAAUCCAAGAAAAAUUAUUUUUCUCUUAAUGACGCUGAAAUUGGGAAAUUCGAGGAGAAUGGUAUUAACGGUAGAGCGUUCCUUAGGUAUACUGAAGAUAAUCUUUUGCAAGAUGGUUUAAGAAGAGGACCGGCCACGAACCUUGCAGAGUUUAUCGAGGUUUUGAACAAUCAAAGUAAAAAGCGCAAGAUAAAACUGAGUCAGAUAUUACAAGAUUUCAUUCCAGACGAAGCUAACUUAGUCAAAAAAAAAAGUACAGUAACAGAGUUUGUGGAUCGUGAUGAUGGAUUGAAUGCUGCGUUUGAAGUUUACAUUAAAAAUCAUGAAGGACGAAUGUCGAAUCAAUCUCAGGAUACUUACUUUGGUUUAUGUUUUGGUGG